AUGUAUGUUAUAGGGAUCUCUGGUAUGGGCGAAGGUAGUCAAAAAAUGGAUAAUUCAUCAGACAAGUCGUUAGAUUCUUGCAAAUUAACGCGAAAAGAAUCAUAUAAGGCUCAAAGAAAGAAUUAUCGAAUGGAAAAGAAAAGAGUAGCCGAUGAACUUUUAAGUUCUUUCAAAGAUCCAACCGUUAUUGUUAUGAGUGAUUGGUUAAAAGUUCGUGGCACAUUGAAAAGUUGGACCAAGUUAUGGUGUAUUCUGAAACCUGGAUUAUUGUUGCUGUACAAAAGUCCAAAAACGAAGAGUAAUCAUUGGGUUGGAACGGUACUACUUAAUACGUGUCAAGUUAUUGAACGUCCGAGUAAAAAGGAUGGAUUUUGUUUUAAAUUAUUUCAUCCGUUGGAGCAAUCUAUAUGGGCUCCUCGAGGACCAGAAAAAGAAGCUAUUG